AUGCGUCAAGGGUAUUGGAUUAUUUUGGAUGAAUUGAAUCUUGCUUCUACGGAAAUCUUAGAAGCUCUCAUUCGAGUCCUUGAUGAUAAUCGUGAGUUAUUUAUGCCGGAGACUCAAACUAUAGUAAAAGCUCAUCCGAACUUUAUGUUAUUUGCUACCCAAAAUCCCCCCGGUUUAUAUGGUGGACGUAAGGUUUUAUCAAGGGCAUUUAAGAAUCGUUUUAUUAAACUGCACUUUUUCGAAAUCCCGCGUGCGGAAUUAGAAGUAAUUCUGGAGAAACGUUGUCUAAUACCAGCUUCGUAUGCUCGUAAAAUGGUAGCUUGCAUGGCUGAUUUGCAAAAAAAUCGCAAAAACUACAUCGAAAAAUAUCUUUACAUUGAGAAGGAAGGAUAUUUAGUAUUGUCUUCGAAAGUGCGCAGCGAUUUGGAAUUACAGAUUAUCGCAGAAGCUCUUUACACCAAUUUUAAAAAACGGAUCGUACUUUCGAAAUCAUUUAAUAUCGAUUCUGAUUUGAAAGAAGAAUCGGUAUUAAGAGAUAUUAUCCGAGAACUAAGAAAUUACAGAGAUCGUGCCGAUAUAGUAUGGACUCGGAUUAUGACUCGUAUGGCUGUUUUAACCGCUAAAGCAUUACAAUUCAAUGAACCGGUAUUACUUGUCGGUCCUACAGGUUUUGGUAAGACCACGGUUUGCCAGUUGCUAGCAAAAAUUCACAAUGUCAAAUUACGCAUACUUAACUGUCACAUGCAUACAGAAGGUGCUGACUUUUUGGGUAGGCUGAGACCACGCCGUCAAAACGAUGAUGAUGCUAACGACACACAGCCCAGCAAACUCUUCGAAUGGUCCGACGGUCCUUUAAUACAUGCUAUGCUGGAAGGUUCCUAUUUUAUGGCAGAUGAAAUAUCUUUGGCCGAAGAUUCGGUGUCGGAGCAGAUAGGAGGAAUAACAACUAGCAAAAAUACAGACGAGAAAAUUUGCCAAGAGUUUGUGAUACAAGCUCAGGAUGGCUUUCAAUUUCUAGCUACUGUGAAUCCUUUUGGGGAUUUUGGUAAAAAGGAGCUUUCGCCAAAAAAUCGUUUCACUCAAAUCUGGUGUCAACCAUCAGAUACAAAGGAAGAUCUGAUACAGAUCGCCAACAAUUACAUGCAACAACACUUACUGACGACAGAAGAGAAAAACGAGGCUUUGAAAAUGGCCCAAUAUAUAGUGGAAAUAGUUCUGUUUAUUCGGCAAAAAGUGAAAAAGUUUAAAUUCUCUAUACGAGAUAUCUUAGCUUUGGCUAACUAAAUCGUCAAUAAUAAUCAAUUAAGCUUUGGCGAGAAAGCAAUUUUUGGCCUAGAAACCAUAUUUUUGGAUGCUUUAGAAAUGUUGUCAUUUGAAAGCUUAAAGAAAAUAGACGAGCUAAGGUCUCAAAUUAAAAACGAGGCAUUAAACCAAGCCGCCAAAAUAUUAAAAAAACACGUAACACUAGAAGGUUUACUUGAGAAGAGAGGCACCCACGUAGAAUGUGUAUCGCAUCAAAAAUUCGGGAUAAAACCUUUCUUUGUACCAGUGAAUACACAUUCUAGCGUAACGGCAGACGAACACUUUUUAUUUGAUGCUCCUACUACUAAGAAAAAUUUAUUUCGUCUGCUUUCUGCCUUAACGCAAAAACCUAUUUUAUUGGAAGGACCACCCGGUGUGGGUAAAACGUCUAUUGCAGGAGGUAUUGCUCAAGCAAUAGGCUUUCAAAUCGUGCGCAUUAAUUUGUGCGAACACACCGACCUGGCCGACCUUUUUGGUACCGAUUUGCCUGCAGAAGAUAAUAUUUUAUAUGGAGCCAAAGAUCAAGAAAGCGAAGUCGUACAAAUGGGUUCCUUUGUCUGCCGCGACGAACCUUUACUAGCUGCUUUAAAAUCAAAAAACACUUGGAUUUUAUUGGAUGAAUUAAACUUGGCUCCGCAAUCCGUAUUGGAAGGUCUAAAUGCCAUUUUGGACCACCGUGGCGAGGUCUACUUACCUGAACUUAAUAAAACUUUCACUUUACCAGAACAAACUCGUAUAUUUGCUUGUCAAAAUCUCCUAAAACAAGACGGAGGGCGUAAGGGAUUACCACAAUCAUUUUUGAGUCGUUUCACUAAAGUUUAUUUAAGGAAAUUAACUUCAGAAGAUCUAUUGCAUGUGAUUAAUCAAAGAUAUGAGUCUUCGUUUCUGGACUUAAAACAGCGAUUUAUUCGGUCAAUCUCACAGGCAAACAAUCUAGGAAAUUGCAAUCUUUUCGAUGCCAAUGAAGCUUUGAAAAAUAAUCAACCCUGCUCACAGCCAGGAAAGACAUUCGUAGAGUGUUUUGAUGAAUUCCUGUUAACAAUUUACGAGCGCAUGAAAUUGGUUUACUAUCAACGUAUGCGUUGCACGGCAGAUAAGGCAUUUAUACGUAAUGCUUUUGCCCAAGUGUUUAAGUGCGAUGUUGACCAUUUGAAUUCUCAGUCAGAAGAUGUGGCUUUGUACUGGGCAUCUCAAAAAAUCUAUUUAAACGGUAUCGUAAUAUCACGGGAGAGUGAAAACAAAACACAAUCCUUACAUUCAUUGCAAGGAAAGCAGUUUUCACCUUUAUUAUUGACAUCACAACGUGAAGUUUUAAAACAUAUCGUCGAAUGUGUUCACAUGGAGAAGCCAGUACUUGUAUGUGGCCCGAACGCUGGCAAAACAAAAGUUAUCGAUGUCUUGUGUACCCCAGCAAAUCAAGUGUGCAACACUGAUGCCAUAUAUGAUUCCAUAAUGUUAGAAAGGAAUAUACAUACUCUCAGAACCACUGCAGAUGAUGGUGCAUCUUCCAGACCAUCACUUUGA